GUAUAAAACCACCUCAAGAGCGCACAACAAGAACAGCGUGUGUUAAAGAAAGCCGUAGUUUGACAUGGUUUGACUUGUUUCCUCCAGCAGGACUCGUUAGAGACGCACGCACGUCUUCAUUUUAAGAGGGGGGGCUCACGACCCGCAGCAUAAUGGAUGAAUACUGUUUUUGAACAGGACAGAACUCCACCGUGAAGUGUUAACUGGAGCACAUCUAUUUGUUUUUUAAAACUACCUGUACUUUUUUUUUUCUCCUUUCCAAAAGGUAGUUCCGUCGAAUUACGCGUUGGAUAGCGCAGAAUGUGGAUAAAACGAGACGUGCGUAAAGCGGCUGAAGUGGAAGUGAGGGAAAAGUGAAGUGUGAGGCUGAGAAUGUGGCGGGGACAUCACGGGGCAACUGGGCUGCAAGUUUAGUGAGCUUGGAGAUUUGACGAGGGCGCAACAAGAGCGGAAAGUGUUAAUGCUGCGCGCUGGAUCUGCCCUGCAGUAUUCACUAUACUGUAUUAAUUGGCAGAUCAGCGCAUUGACUCAUAUGUCAUAUUUCAAAUCCAACUAUAUGAACAAUCAGUAAAAAAGGCAGCAAUCUUAAUUUAGGACAACUUCACAGUUUACAGAGAAAAUCCUCUGGAUCCAAAUUCAUCUAUAGCACUUUUUUUUUCCAAAUUAUUCGGCUGCCCCACCUCCGAUCCUUUUCACUUCAUUUUUGCAAUUCUGAUUCCCGAAGUGGCUCCGAAGUGGUGUUGCGGCUCCUCGUCCCCGGCGGAUCCGGAGAUUGGAGUCUCUGCACCGGGAGGAGGUGGAGUCGGAGCUCCGGCCACACCGCAGGCUCCCAAGAGCGGCCGUGUCAAAAGGAUGGUGCGACUGGCGGCCGAACUGUUGCUGCUCCUGGGACUUCUUCUCCUUACCUUGCACAUCACGGUACUGCGGAGCAGUCCGCUGCCCCAGGGAAAUGUAACUCUGAGCCUGGAUCAAGAGACAGCACUUACAGAGCAGAACAAUAUAAAUGCAAAAAGCAGCUCCUCUGCCCAACUGGCUCCUGAAGACCGGCGGUCUGGUCCAGAACAUCGGUUAACCCACCGGCCUGCCACCCUCCCUUGGGCACAAGGCAGUAACGUACACAGAGACGGCCCUGGAGCUUUCCUCCUAGAUCUGCAUAAUUUCCCCGACCUCUCCAAAGCCGAUAUCAAUGGACAGAAUCCCAACAUACAGGUGACCAUUGAAGUGGUGGAUGGACUAGAGGGCCAUGAGCCAGAAAAAGGCCUCCGUAAGGAAAGCAAACCCAGCUGGGCUUCUCCGAACUGGAGAAACUGGUGGCCUCAUACGUCUUCAUCCUCCUCCUCCUCUUCCACCACUCAUCAAACAGAGGAGCACGAUCGCUCAUACGGGAGCAACGGCGAGGACAGCAACUUCCUCAGGCCGGCAGUGGAAUGGGACAGGAGAGGAGGCACCGGGGGAGGAAGCAAAGCUCAAACUGAAUAUGACUAUAUGGAUGGAGAGGGGGACUGGAGUAACUGGACGGCGUGCAGUGUCACCUGUGGAAAUGGCAACCAGAAGAGAACCAGGUCCUGUGGUUAUGCAUGCACAGCCACCGAGUCCAGAACUUGUGAUAUGCCCAACUGCCCAGGUAUUGAAGACGCCUUCAAGACAGCAGCUACUGAAGUGAGCCUGUUAGCUGGAACUGAUGAGUUCAAUGCCACAGAACUCUUUGGUGUUGACACCGACAGCUGCGAGCGAUGGAUGAACUGCAAGAGCGACUUCUUAAAGAAGUACAUGACCAAGGUAGCAAACGACCUUCCCAGCUGCCCUUGCUCUUACCCAACCGAGGUGGCGUACAGCACAGCGGACGUACACGAUGCUCUCACGCGUCGAGAUUUUCGUUGGAAAGACGCCAGCGGGCCAAAGGAGAAGCUGGAGAUCUACAAGCCCACAGCCCGUUACUGCAUCCGCUCCAUGCUCACGCUUCAGUCCACCACGCUGGCAGCACAGCACUGCUGCUACGACGAUAACAUGAAACUCAUCACUCGCGGCAAAGGGGCUGGCACGCCCAACCUCAUCAGCACAGAGUUCUCAGCCGACCUGCACUAUAAGGUGGACAUCCUGCCAUGGAUCAUCUGCAAAGGAGAUUGGAGCCGCUACAACCAGGCCAGGCCGCCGAACAAUGGGCAGAAGUGUCCCGACAAUCCUCAGGAUGAGGACUACUACAAACAGUUUGAAGAAGCAAGGGAAUUCUAACCAGCUGUAGAGUGAAAGGAAA